AUGAAACUUUCAUGUUCUCUUUUAUUUAUAUUCUUCUAUAAAAUAUCUAUUCUUCUUGCUGCUGAAGAAAAAUUUAAAAUUGUAUGUUACUUUGCAAAUUGGGCUGUAAAACGUCCCGGUGGAGGUUCAAUGACUCCUGAAGAUAUUGAUCCUUGUCUAUGUACACAUGUUAUAUAUGCUUUUUCGGAAAUGGAUAAUAAUCUAUUAAUACCAAUGGAAAAACAUGAUUUAAAAGAUGGUAAUCAACCAGGCUUUUUUGAACGAUUUAAUGCUUGGAAAAGUGUUAAUAAAAAUUUAAAAACUUUACUUGCUGUUGGUGGAUGGGAUAUGGGAAUGAAAGAUUUUGCAGGUAUUGUUAAAUCAGAAAAAACAAUGAAAAAAUUUGCUGAAUCAGCAGUAAAAUAUUUACGUAAACAUAAAUUUGAUGGUCUUGAUCUUGAUUUUGAAUAUCCUGGUGUUGAUUGGAGAGAUAGUCCAAAAGAAGAUAAACAAAAAUUUACAAAAAUGUGUGAAAUUUUAUAUGCAACAUUUGAAAAAGAAGUAGAAACUAGUGGUGGUGAACGUCUUCUUUUAACAGCCGCUGUAGCAGCUGCAAAAAUUAAUAUUGAUAAAGCAUAUGAAGUCGAUAAACUUGUUCCAGUAAUGGAUUGGUUUAAUUUAAUGACUUAUGAUUUUCAUGGAUCAUGGGAUCAAAAUCGUGCACAUCAUUCAUCACUUAAUAGUAAAGAUGAUGAAAAAGAUGAUACAAUGUAUAUUGAUUUUGCUGUAAAAUAUUUUCAAAAAUUGGGUAUGCCAGCAAAUAAAAUGAUGUUAGGUAUAGGAACAUAUGGACGUGGUGAUACACCAGCUAUGCCUUAUACAGGAUUUAAAGGUGAAAAUGGUUUUGUUGCAUAUUAUGAAAGUUGUAUUCAAAUUGUUUGUGAAAAAAUGAAAGAAACAUGGGAUGCAAAACAACUUGUUCCAUAUAUAGCUGGACCAUAUAAUCAACCAAAAGCUGGCGUAGAAAAUGUUCGAAGUAUGAAAUAUAAAGCAAAUUAUAUAAAAAAAAAUAAUUUGGGUGGAGCUAUGAUUUGGACACUUGAUAUGGAUGAUUUUCGUGGACAAUUUUGUUGUCAAGGAAAAUUUCCUUUAAUAAAAACAAUUAAAGCCGUUUUACAUGGACAACUUAAAUUAUUACCAAAAGAAAAAAUUUGUUCAACUUGUCCAACUAAAGAAUAUAAAAAUUUUAAACCUGAAAUUCAACCACAAACAACAGAAAAAACAACAAAAAAACCAAAAAAAUCAAAACGUGAUGCAGAGACACCAUCACCUCAAGAUGUAUGUGAAGAAUUAAAAGAUGGUCAAUGGCCUGAUCCAUCAGAUUGCAAGAGUUAUUAUUUAUGUCGUGGUGUAGGCACUCAAUGGGGUGAACAAAAACGUGAAGUGUGCUAUGCUGGUUCUUAUUUUGAUCCAAAUGAAAAAACAUGUAAAUGGGUUGGCAUGGAUAAGCUUAAUUGUGAAGAACUUGUUGAAGGUUAUGAAAAUCCAGUAGCUGGUGUUACACGAUCAACUGAUGAAGCAACAGACGAUGAUGAUGAUGGUGCAGAUGAUGAUGAUAAUACUUCAACAGAUGCAGGUGCUGGAUCAUCCAAAAAGAAAAAAACUAAAGCACCAUCAACGAAAUCAAUAUCAAUAUUAAGUCGAACAACAUCUGAAUUUGAUACAUGUACAGCAGAAAAACCCGUUGAAUUUGAUCCUGUACAAGGUAUGCUAUGUUACUCUUGCGAAAGUCAGAAAGAGAACAGCGAUUGCCAAAUCAAUCCGAAUCAGACGACAUCGAUUAUGUGCGAAACGAAACAACAAAUUUGUUACAGCAAAAAAGCCAUAAACGUCGCCGGAAAACUACUACAAUUCAGUCGUGGUUGUUCAAUGCCUCCACCAUCAACGGGCAAUCUUACUCAACAAGCACAAUCGAUGGCGCUUUGGCCGUUACAGUCAAACGAAUAA